CCUCCUUCCUGGAGCCGCAGUUGAAGCGGCGGCGGCAGAGACGGCAGCAGCCGGGCUGGGGGCAGCGAGUGGCCCGCGCGACACGCGCCGGCCUCGACCUUAUGUUUUGAUUCGCGUGGCGCAGGCGCCUCCUGCCCCGCCGGCGGGGCCCGGGCUUCCUGCCGCGGGAUGUUCUCCCGAAGGAGCCACGGGGAUGUGAAGAAGUCCACCCAGAAGGUGCUGGACCCGAAGAAGGACGUGCUGACCCGCCUGAAGCACCUGCGGGCGCUGCUGGAUAAUGUGGAUGCAAGUGAUCUCAAGCAGUUUUUUGAGACCAACUAUUCUCAGAUAUAUUUCAUCUUCUAUGAAAAUUUUAUAACACUGGAAAAUAGUUUGAAAUUAAAAGGGAAUAAUAAGUCACAAAGGGAGGAGCUGGACUCCAUCCUCUUCCUUUUUGAAAAAAUACUGCAGUUUCUACCUGAACGAAUUUUCUUUCGAUGGCAUUACCAGAGUAUAGGCUCAACUUUAAAGAAGCUUCUACACACUGGAAAUUCUAUUAAGAUAAGAUGUGAAGGAAUCAGGCUGUUUCUUCUAUGGCUUCAAGCCCUUCAAACAAACUGUGCAGAAGAGCAGGUGCUGAUUUUUGCUUGCCUGGUGCCUGGUUUCCCAGCAGUCAUGUCAUCCAAGGGCCCUUGCACACUGGAGACACUCAUCAAUCCCAGCCCUGGUGUAGCUGAUGUAAAGAUAUAUCCAGAAGAAAUUACUCCACUCCUGCCAGCUGUGUCGGGGGAGAAGAUUGCUGAGGACCAAACCUGCUUUUUUCUUCAAAUACUGUUGAAGUAUAUGGUUAUUCAGGCUGCAAGUUUGGAGUGGAAGAAUAAGGAGAAUCAAGAUACUGGUUUUAAAUUUCUUUUUACAUUGUUUCGAAAGUAUUAUCUUCCUCAUUUAUUUCCAUCAUUUACUAAGUUAACAAACAUCUACAAACCUGUACUUGACAUCCCCCAUUUGAGACCAAAGCCAGUGUAUAUUACUACAACUCGAGACAAUGAGAACAUUUACAGUACAAAAAUUCCAUAUAUGGCAGCUCGUGUUGUUUUUAUUAAGUGGAUUGUAACCUUCUUUUUGGAAAAAAAGUAUCUAACUGCAACACAAAACACUAAAAAUGGAGUUGAUGUAUUGCCUAAAAUCAUCCAGACUGUUGGUGGUGGCGCUGUGCAGGAGAGAGUGCCUGAACUGGAUGGUGGUGGAUCCCCGGAGCAGGACAAAAGCCAUUCUAACAGCAGCACCCUGUCAGACCGAAGACUCAGCAACUCCAGCCUCUGUAGCAUUGAAGAAGAGCACCGAACAGUGUAUGAAAUGGUACAGCGCAUUCUCUUGUCAACACGAGGUUAUGUCAACUUUGUGAAUGAAGUAUUUCACCAGGCAUUUUUGUUGCCUUCCUGUGAGAUAGCUGUAACAAGAAAAGUAGUUCAAGUGUACAGAAAGUGGAUUCUCCAGGACAAACCUGUAUUCAUGGAGGAGCCAGAUAAAAGAGAGGUUGCCCAAGAAGAUGCUGAAAAAUUAGGAUUUUCCGAGACUGAUAGCAAGGAGGCCUCGUCUGAAAGUUCUGGUCAUAAACGAUCUUCCAGCUGGGGCCGCACAUACUCCUUCACAAGUGCAAUGAGCAGAGGAUGUGUGACAGAGGAGGAAAAUACAAAUGUGAAAGCUGGCAUCCAGGCUUUGUUGCAGGUAUUUUUGACGAACUCUGCAAACGUCUUUUUGUUGGAACCAUGUGCUGAAGUUCCUGUGCUCUUGAAAGAACAAGUUGAUGCUUGUAAAGCUGUUUUGAUUAUUUUUAGGCGCAUAAUAAUGGAGCUUACGAUGAAUAAAAAGACAUGGGAACAGAUGUUGCAAAUACUACUCAGGAUAACAGAAGCUGUCAUGCAGAAGCCAAAGGAUAAACAAAUAAAGGACUUGUUUGCCCAGAGCUUGGCAGGGUUACUAUUUAGGACACUCAUGGUGGCUUGGAUCCGAGCAAACCUCUGUGUGUACAUUUCUCGAGAGCUCUGGGAUGACUUUCUUGGUGUGCUGUCCUCCCUCACAGAAUGGGAGGAGCUUAUAAAUGAGUGGGCCAACAUUAUGGACUCCUUGACAGCGGUGCUUGCAAGAACCGUUUAUGGAGUUGAGAUGACAAACCUACCUCUGGAUAAAUUAAGUGAACAAAAGGAAAAGAAGCAACGAGGCAAAGGCUGUGUUCUAGAUCCUCAGAAAGGAACCACUGUGGGGAGAUCCUUUUCUCUCAGCUGGCGGAGCCACCCAGAUGUGACCGAGCCUAUGCGAUUUAGGAGUGCCACCACGUCUGGAGCACCGGGAGUGGAGAAGGCGAGAAAUAUCGUUCGCCAAAAAGCAACUGAAGUGGAGGAGUGUCAACAGUCAGAAAAUGCACCUGCAUCUGGAUCUGGCCAUCUCACAGUGGGACAGCAGCAGCAGGUCCUUCGGAGCAGCAGCACCUCUGAUAUUCCCGAGCCACUGUGCUUAGAUUUUUCUCAGGGUCAAAAGGCAGAAAACGCACAGAAUUUGAGUUCUUCGGAGCCUCAGUCUAUUCAAGAGAAUAAAGGACAUGUGAAGAGAGAACACGAAGGAGUAACAAUCUUAGUUCGAAGAAGCAGCAGCCCUGCUGAAUUGGAUUUGAAUGAUGAUUUGCAGCAGACACAAGGAAAAUGUAGGGAAAGACAGAAGAGUGAAAGUACCAACAGCGACACAGCUCCGGGCUGUAACAAUGAGGCAGAGCUGUCCAUGGGCCCAUGGCAGACCUGUGAGGAAGACCCAGAGCUGAGUACACCCACAGAUGUUGUGGCUGAUGCUGACGCCCGUCACUGGUUACAACUGAGUCCCACUGAUGCUUCAAACUUAACAGAUAGCAGCGAGUGCCUUGCAGAUGACUGUAGUAUAAUUGCCGGGGGGAGCCUCACUGGUUGGCACCCGGAUUCUGCUGCUGUGUUAUGGCGAAGAGUUUUGGGGAUCCUUGGAGAUGUGAAUAACAUUCAGUCACCCAAGAUUCAUGCCAGAGUUUUCUGCUAUCUCUAUGAACUCUGGUACAAACUAGCAAAGAUACGGGAUAAUCUAGCAAUAAGCCUGGAUAACCAGUCUUCUCCAUCUCCUCCAGUUUUGAUUCCACCACUCAGAAUGUUUGCAUCAUGGCUUUUUAAGGCAGCAACACUGCCAAAUGAAUAUAAGGAAGGCAAACUGCAAGCCUACAGGCUAAUCUGUGCCAUGAUGACCAGACGCCAGGACGUUCUGCCAAACUCAGAUUUCCUGGUGCAUUUUUACCUUGUGAUGCACUUGGGAUUAACCAGCGAGGAUCAGGAUAUCUUGAAUACCAUCAUAAGGCAUUGCCCACCCCGCUUUUUCUCCCUGGGUUUUCCUGGCUUCUCAAUGCUGGUGGGGGACUUCAUCACCGCCGCUGCCAGGGUCCUUAGCACAGACAUGUUGACGGCGCCUCGCUCAGAGGCUGUCACUGUCCUUGGCUCUCUGGUCUGCUUUCCAAACACCUACCAGGAGAUUCCUUUACUGCAGUCAGUACCAGAAGUAAAUGAAGCCAUUACAGGAACUGAAGAUAUCAAGCAUUACCUCAUAAAUAUUUUACUGAAGAAUGCCACAGAAGAACCAAAUGAAUAUGCAAGAUGCAUUGCCAUUUGCUCCCUUGGAGUCUGGAUAUGUGAAGAGCUUGCACAGUGUACAAGCCACCCUCAGGUGAAAGAGGCCAUCAAUGUGAUAGGAGUAACUCUGAAGUUUCCUAACAAAAUCGUGGCCCAGGUAGCUUGUGAUGUGCUUCAGUUGCUGGUUUCCUACUGGGAGAAGCUUCAGAUGUUUGAAACUGCUCUGCCUCGGAAAAUGGCAGAAAUCCUUGUGGCCACAAUUGCUUUUCUUUUACCAAGUGCAGAGUACUCCUCAGUGGAAACAGACAAGAAGUUUAUUGUGUCCUUGCUACUCUGCCUCUUGGACUGGUGCAUGGCAUUGCCUCUGAGUGUCCUUCUCCACCCAGUGUCCACGGCAGUCCUAGAGGAGCAGCACUCAGCCAGAGCCCCCUUACUGGAUUAUAUCUACAGGGUUCUGCACUGCUGUGUGUGUGGCUCAAGCACAUACACCCAACAGAGUCACUACACACUGACCCUGGCUGACUUGUCAUCCACGGAUUAUGACCCCUUCCUGCCACUGGCAAACGUGAAGAGUUCUGAGCCGGUCCAGUAUCACACAUCGGCAGAAUUGGGGAACUUGCUGACUGUUGAAGAGGAGAAGAAGAGAAGAAGUUUGGAGUUGAUCCCUUUGACUGCUCGAAUGGUGAUGGCCCACCUGGUGAACCACCUCGGGCACUACCCCCUCAGUGGGGGCCCUGCCAUACUGCACAGCCUUGUCAGCGAGAACCACGACAAUGCCCAUGUAGAAGGCUCCGAGCUGUCCUCUGAGGUGUUCAGAAGCCCAAACCUGCAGCUGUUUGUAUUUAAUGAUAGCACCCUCAUCUCCUACCUUCAGACACCCACAGAAGGACUGGCAGGUGGAUCACCAGUGGGCCCUCUCUCUGAUGUGAGAGUAAUUGUGAGGGAUAUCUCAGGGAAGUACUCUUGGGAUGGUAAGGUUUUAUAUGGACCUUUAGAAGGCUGCUUAGCACCCAGCGGAAGAAAUCCUUCAUUUCUGAUUUCAAGCUGGCAUCAUCACACAUUUGGACCUCAGAAAGACUCGUCUCAAGUUGAGGAAGGGGAUGAUGUUCUUGACAAAUUACUUGAAAACAUUGGCCACACAAGUCCUGAAUGCCUUUUACCAUCACAGCUAAAUCUAAAUGAACCUUCCCUACCCCCAUGUGGCAUGAACUAUGACCAAGAGAAGGAAAUCAUCGAGGUCAUUUUGCGCCAAAAUGCUCAGGAAGAUGAGUAUGUCCAGAGUCGUAACUUCGAUUCUGCAAUGAAAGUCACCAGCCAAGGGCAGCCCUCCCCAGUGGAGCCCCGAGGACCCUUUUAUUUCUGCAGGUUGUUGCUUGAUGACUUGGGAAUGAAUUCUUGGGACAGAAGGAAGAAUUUUCAUCUGUUGAAGAAAAAUUCAAAAUUAUUGAGAGAGCUAAAAAAUUUGGACUCCCGCCAGUGCCGUGAGACACACAAAAUCGCAGUGUUUUACAUUGCUGAAGGUCAAGAAGACAAGUGUUCAAUCCUCUCUAAUGAAAGAGGAAGCCAAGCAUAUGAAGACUUUGUGGCUGGACUUGGAUGGGAGGUGGAUCUCUCCACCCACUGUGGGUUCAUGGGUGGCCUUCAGCGCAAUGGCAGCACCGGGCAGACGGCCCCUUACUAUGCUACCUCGACUGUGGAAGUGAUCUUCCAUGUUUCCACUCGAAUGCCGUCAGACUCAGAUGAUUCCCUCACCAAAAAGCUUCGUCACUUGGGGAAUGACGAAGUCCACAUCGUCUGGUCUGAACACUCCAGAGACUACCGCAGGGGUAUUAUCCCAACCGCCUUUGGAGAUGUUUCAAUCAUCAUUUACCCAAUGAAGAAUCACAUGUUCUUCAUCGCAAUAACGAAGAAACCUGAGGUUCCCUUUUUUGGGCCUCUGUUUGAUGGAGCCAUAGUGAGUGGGAAGCUGCUGCCGAGUCUUGUAUGUGCCACGUGCAUCAACGCCAGCAGGGCUGUGAAGUGCCUCAUCCCACUCUACCAGAGCUUCUAUGAAGAGCGAGCUCUGUAUCUCGAAGCAAUAAUUCAGAACCAUCGCGAAGUAAUGACAUUCGAGGAUUUCGCAGCCCAAGUCUUUUCUCCCUCUCCCAGCUACUCCCUCAGCGGAACGGGGGCCCUGGCCUCCGGUCUGAGUGCUGACCUCGAAGAGCCCCUGAGUGAGGAGGAGACAGAACGCCCUCUCCUGCCCCUGCCCCGAGCCACUAAACGCAGAGUGUCCAGGAAACUUCAUUGCUGCACUAGUGCCCUCAGCAGGUCUUCCCAUUAGUGGACUUCUGAAGCCCACGGUGAAUCCCACGACAGUGUCUCAGGUGGGGCUCCCACUAGGCUGUGUCAUUGUGUCCUGAAACCUCACAAACCUUGGACUUCCAAAGAAGAAAGAAAAAGUCACCAAAAACCAGAGGCGAACCCACUGUCACGUGGGCAUUGGUGUGGCUGCUCAGGGCAGAUCACAGCAGAAGAUUCUGUGCUUUCAGGGAGGUGGCAGAGGGCAGCUGGCUUCUGAACCCGAAGUUGUUUCUUCUCAUUUAUGAACCCACGCAUGAUUCACAGAGGGGCUGGCAAAACAAUGGUCUAAUUCAGGAAUUUUGUCUGCAUUGAUUUUGCUAGUUCCUUUUAUAUUAGGAUGUAUAUCAUCAUCAUGGAAAUUGGCUUUCCCCCGGGGUCUUUUGCCCAGGAGAAGUUUUACCUCAGUUGUCCAUUGUUUUUCCACAUGGUAGCUGAUGCCCUCUAACUGAGCAGAGGUCCUCCUCACCAUGCAGAGGCCCUUCAGGGCAUGACAGUGAUGCCCCUAUCUUAGAACACUCAGAAGAUUCCAGAAAUCUGGGAAUCUGGCAGCCUCAUUUCUCACCAUCACAUGGACUGAAGUCACUUUUGUUAUUUGGGGUGGAAAAUUGCAAUGAUCAAGUUUCUUUUUUUUCUUUUUUUUUUUUUUCUUUUAGAAAAGCAAAUAUUGUGUUUUUGUCAUAAAUCCCUUUCAGCAAAACUGGAGGAUCUGUCAUCCAGUAGGGCCCCACCUGAGGCACAGCACUGACUCAUCACGGUGGUACCAGUAGGUCAGCUAUCUAGAAACAGAAGUGGCCCUGAUUGGGCCAAAAUGUACUAAGACUCGCUGGCCUCAGGCAGGAGACCAGGCCACUCCCUCGCUUCUCUGCGCACCUAUGCCCAGAUUCCAUCCAGAGUGAAGCUGAUGUUUAUAGUCUCAUUGUACUUAGGCUUUUGAACUUGAAAAAAAUUACUACUUUUUAAAAAUAAUCAAGGCUUCAGCAGACAGAAGUGCAGAAAUUUAGCCUGGGUGAAUGACUGUCACAAUUGUCCUCAGCAACGAAGUCUGCAGUUCCUAAGAGCCAUGCGUUGGGGAAGUAGGGUGACCCAAACUUGGUGACGUGGGUUGAUGGAUCAGACCCUUAGCCUUACAAACAAGAGCUCAUGCAGAUCCACAGAGCCAUGCACAACCCGUCCUCCUGACCUUCCUCAGGUGGCACUACCUGCACUCCAUGGACAUGCUGUAUUGGUGUCAUGUGGAGGUCUGAUGAAUCCUUUAAAACCUAACUGUGAUGUCGUAAAUGUAACUGUGCUACCUUUAUAUCUACUGAAGAGGACUGUCUGCAUCCGAAGGCAAACUCAACACGAAGCAACCAGUCGUUUUAGUUGCACUCAGUAUCUCCGUAUGACACACAUGAAGUGAAUGUUUCCUUAUGUUUUCUGGCCUACAAUGUUUAGUACAUGUAAAUAAGGACAAAUUUGGAUAAAUAUGGUAAAUUAAGUUAUAGCGUGUCAUUUGAUUCUUAUUUUGCUGUCUCCUGUUAUUUAAUUUUCCUAAUGCUCCACAUCUAGGUUCCUUGCUAGGUGGUAGGGAGCUUCAUGCAUAACCCACCUUGCAGACGUGUGUGUGCGCUGGGACACACCGUGGCACAGGCAGCCACGCUGGGAAAGCAACAGCCACCGAUGGCAGCCACCCCACCCAACUCUCCAGUUAACCUUCUUUCCUCUUUAAUUCUGAUUGACUGUGAUCAUUUAAUAAAGUGGAAACACAGCACUUUGGUGCUAUAUGCUUUUCUCAUUCUCAUUAUAGUUUAUAAGGAAAUGAAGUUUACCCUGGCAUCUAA